AGGCGCUGUAAAUCUUGGAUCCUCCGUCCCCGGAGAUCCUCCGUGGCAGGGUGCCGAGGAUCUGUCUGAUGGUUCCCAGGCCGUGCUGAUGCUGCUCUGCCAGAAGAGAGAUGGGGAAGAGAUACUUCUGUGACUACUGUGACAGGUCCUUUCAGGACAACCUUCACAACAGGAAGAAACACCUCAAUGGAGUGCAGCAUCUCAGGGCUAAGAGAGUCUGGUACGACUUAUUCCGAGAUGCUGCCGCUAUCCUGCAAGAGGAGCAGACCAAGAAACCUUGUCGGAAGUUUCUGCAAACAGGACAGUGUGAUUUUGGGCCCAACUGCAGAUUUUCCCACAUGACAGAGCAGGACCUGGAGAAGCUGAGUGCCCAGGUGCAAGGGGAGCAGAGAUUGAAGGAGCUGCGGCAGGAAGGAGCAGAUGUCCCGCCUGGCACCAUUGAGGACUGGCUGGAGAAGAGAGCAAAGAGACUGAGUGUGGCUCAGAGCAACAGUGCCCUCCCCGAGAAACCAGCGCCUUUCCAGUACCCACCAGGCUGGCCUCCGGUGCAGGACCUGCCCCCGUCCCUGCAGGCCCCCCCUCCCGGAGGGUGGCCGGUGCCCCCCAACCUGCAGUGGGGCUGAGGC